AUGUAAUAUAAUAUAGUACAAAUCGUAUUGAUGUAAAGUAAAUUCAUUAUCGAUUAAUACGCAGAACGUAGUAGUAAUGUGAUGUCGAGUUAACCUACAAAUUUUUGUAAAACAAGGUGAUGAAAAACGUGCUCGACAAAAUCCACAAUUAUUACUAUAAGUUAAUUUAUACGUAAUAUGACUUAUAAACGUAAAAAGCAUCAUAAGGGUGUUUUGCAUUUAAAGAAAAGCUGGCGAACAAAAAGAAGAACAAAGGAUCUAGACGAGAUUGAUGAAGACUUAAAGGAAGAGAAUGCAAAACAAUUGAUAAACCAAGAGGUUGAUUUAGAUAAGCCGGGAGCAGCUCAAUAUUAUUGUAUUCAUUGCGCCCGCUAUUUUAUAAAUGAAAGAGCUUUGCAAGAUCACUUCGCUACAAAAGUUCAUAAGAGACGAUUAAAAGCACUAGAAUUAGAACCCUAUACAAUAGAAGAUUCUGAAAGAGCUUCAGGAAAAGGAAAUUUCAAAUUGCCUCAGAAACGAAAAAUUGAAACGAUAGAAACUGAUAAUGAUAUUAAUAAAGAAUCAAAAAUUAUGAAAGUAACUGAUUAAUUUUUAAAUGACAUAUUUCUACUGGUUAG